ACCUUCAGCUUUCUUUUUAGGUUUCGGCAUCAGUGCAACGCCCUCAACUUCCACAAUGCUUAGCUUCAAGAGCUUCUGGUACCGUGCAAGAAGGAUCAAGAAAAAGAACAGAAACAAGAGCAAACUCAAAAGUCCAUCCGCUAUCCAUAAGCAAAAGUGCAUUUCCCAUAACAUUGAAUAUCUAGACCGAGAAGGAGUGAAAGAAGAUACUGAAGGUUUCAGGCUCAAAAGUUCUGCUCCAUCACAUACUUACUGGGUGCAGCCUUUGGGCAAUCUUUAUCUCAACCCUGGUUCUAUCAACUGCAGAGAUACAGGUUUAGGUAAUCUGCACACUCUGACAGACGAGCUUGUUCUUGAAAUUCUGGGGUUGUUAAAUGGGAACGACUUGGGGGUUUUAGCAACUGUGAGCAAGUCCUUUUAUGUUUUCACCAAUCAUGAACCCAUUUGGAGAAAUCUCGUGUUGGAAAAUCUUAGUGAUGGCUUUCGGUACAAUGGGUCUUGGAAAUCAACUUAUAUUGGUACUUACUACCCUUUAUUUGAUGUAUCAAAUAUUGCCGUCCAGAAUUUGAAAGUGAAAGAUUUUUAUUCUGAUUAUCUUUUCCAAAGUUGGCUCUGUGCUAAUCUUGAAAUGAAACCCGAAUGGCUGGUAAGAGAUAAUAUAGUUCGCAAAAAGGGCAUUUCGGUUGAAGAAUUUGUGAAGAAUUUUGAGGAGACUAAUAAGCCGGUAUUGCUGGAAGGAUGUCUUGAUAAUUGGGAUGCGCUGAAAAAAUGGGAUAGUGAUUAUUUGGUGCAGUUGUGUGGCGAUGUUAAGUUUUCAGUCGGGCCAGUAGAGAUGAGGCUUGAAGACUACUUUGAGUAUUCAGUUCAAGUGAGGGAAGAAAGACCAUUGUACUUGUUUGAUCCAAAAUUUGCUGAAAAAGUUCCAAAGUUGGAUUCACAUUAUGAAGUGCCAGCUUACUUCCAGGAGGACUUGUUUAGUGUCUUGGGCAAAGAGAGACCUGACUACAGGUGGAUUAUUGUUGGUCCAGCUGGAUCAGGAUCAUCUUUCCACGUUGAUCCAAAUUCAACUUCAGCUUGGAAUGCUGUGAUCAAGGGCUCCAAGAAGUGGAUAUUAUUUCCUCCUGAUGUCAUUCCACCUGGAGUUCAUCCUAGCCCUGAUGGUGCAGAGGUUGCAUCUCCUGUUUCAAUAAUUGAGUGGUUCAUGAACUUUUACUGCGCGACAAAAAGUUGGAUGAAGAAACCUAUUGAGUGUAUCUGCAAAGCUGGGGAGCUUGUCUUUGUGCCUAAUGGAUGGUGGCAUUUGGUGAUCAACUUGGAGGAGUCCAUAGCUAUAACCCAAAAUUAUGUCAGCAGGAGAAACUUGCUUAAUGUCUUGGAUUUUCUUAAAAGGCCAAAUGCGAGCGUACUAGUAUCUGGAACAAGAGAUCGAGUGAAUUUGUAUGAUAAGUUUAGAAAUGCUAUCGAGGAUUCUUUUCCUGGAAUAAUUGAUGAGCUGACGCGGAAUGAGAGAGAGAAACAGAUUCAGCAGAGGAAACUUUCCUUCUGGGAUUCUGUCACGGAUUCUAAAGUAGGAGCUUUUAAGUUCUCUUUCUAGAGGGAGGCAAGAAGCAAUAAUCAAUUUUGCUAAUCCACAGUUCAGGUGCAUCAUACAAAUCAUCGUCUUAAUUCGUCAUUCAUUAAAUUUACUUUCAUUUUUGUAUCUUACAGAAUUAUCAUUUUCAAUUUUUCAUGGUGAUCACCAAUUUUUGGCAAUCUGCUGUAGUUUAAAAAUUUGUUUGUCCGUU